GUCCCUUUCAAGUAGGCGACAUUUGCGGUCCCGACCGCACGGUGGGGAACGACAGGCGGGUCCUCCGGGGUCUUCAUAUAUAUUCCUCCCCGGCUUCUUGCUUUCGUCUUUUUCAAUAUUUUACUUCUCUCUGUAGCUACCACAUACCGACACAAUGUCUGAUCAGCCUACUAUUCGCCUUGCGACUCCUGAGGAUGUCCCCAUCAUCCACCAAUUCAUCUGCGAGCUGGCAGAUUAUGAAAAAGCCCUACACGAAGUAGAGGCGACUCACGAGUCUCUCCUUGAAACCUUGUCCUUCCCCGACAGUCCGCCCAAGCGUGGCUCCGUGUACACUGCGCUUAUUACCCCUCCUACGACGGCGGAGAACCCCACACCCAAGCCUGUCGGCAUGGCGCUCUUCUUCUACAACUAUUCUACGUGGCGCGCAGCUCCGGGAAUCUAUCUUGAGGAUCUCUAUGUCCAGCCGAGUGCUCGGGGCAAUGGUUACGGCUUCAAGUUGCUCAAGUACCUUGCCGCCAAGGUAUUGGAGAUCAAGGGUAGACGUCUUGAGUGGAGUGUUUUGAAGUGGAAUGAGCCCAGUAUCAAGUUCUAUGAGCAGGUUGGGGCUAAAGCCAUGGAUGAGUGGACCAAGAUGAUGAUGGAGGGUCCGGCUUUGAACAAGUUGGCGGAGGGAUUGUGAAUGAUUCGAGCCUCAUGGGCAUAUGAGUGAGGAAAUGGGGAGAUUGUCUAUGCAUGUCCAUCCCGAUCGCAAUAAACUGUACAGAUUACGAUUCUAGAAUAAUGUUGUGGCUGUGGCUUUCAAGCAUCACAUGAAAUGAUUGACCUCUUGGACUACUUUAUAUGGAGCCACUGGCAGAUCAGCAACAGGGAUAAAGUCUCACCGCCCGGAAUACUCAGCAGCAGAAGGCGGUGAAGGAAAAAACAACAUAUCCAAUCUGGAUAAGGACUCUCCGGUGCAUAAGCUAGCAUCAUCACCCCUCAAAGGAACUGGAUGAACGACCAAGGCACACUGGAGCAGAGAGAAUUGCUG